AAUCAACAUAAAUCAUAACCUCACAAUUUUACAUAUGGGGAUUUUUUUUGAAAAAAACAUGUCCUUUUAAAUUUUAAAAUUCCUUAAUUUGUGUUGUUAAUUAAAACCAUUAUAACUCUGCCAUGACGGAAGAAGAAAGUUUCCCUAGAGGGGGCUCCGUGGUACGAAAAAGACCGCCCCAAGAAAACGAGACAUUAUUCAGCAUUGCCAAACCUCCAAAGGCCAAAAAAUCCAAGAAAUCCAAGCCACUAGAAACCGCUCAAACCUCAGACGACAUAUUUCAAUCUGUAAUCAACAUAAAAGGAUCUCUAAGCUAUAAUAAAAUCCAAACAGGCAUGGUAAUCCUGGGCUGCAUAAGAAACGUAUCCACAUUCGCCUUGGAAAUCGAACUUCCAGGCCUUUGUUUCGCCACCGUACCCAUAACCUCAAUCUCUGACCCCUUUACAAAACACCUAAACAAACAACUAGAAAACGACGAACCUGAAACGACCACCAUUUUAUCCAAAAUGUUCUCAAUCGGCCAACACAUCCCAGCAAAAAUAAUCAACAUUGAAUCAAAAGACAGUGGUACCAAAGUCGAAGCUACAAUGAACCCAAGAGAAAUCUAUUCUACUUACAACCAUAACCUAUUUAAAAAGGGCAGUCUUGUUUGGGGCAGCAUCAACAUCGCAGGCGAUCACGGCUUUGAAAUAGAUUUGGGAGUCAAAAACACUAGGGCCUUUUUGCCUUUGAAGAAUCUACAACCAGACCAAGACUAUUCAAUUGGCAAACCAAUUUGGUGUGUGGUACAUAAAUUUGACAACACUGCAACUGCUUCAACUGUUAGACUUAGUGCAAAAACUGAACAUUUACUCAAACAGGAAACUGUUGACAAUUUGCACUUGCUUAUCCCUUCCAUGAAGGUUGAAUUUUAUAUGGACAAAAUCAAACCUCAUGGGAUUUUAGGUAAAAUUUCUGACAAUAAUUUCAUUGGUUAUGUUGAUGAGAAUUACCUCAACAAACCAUUGGCUAAUUAUCAAGAAGGCAGACUAAUUAGUGCAUACAUUCUCUAUGUGGAACCUACCACAGAUAUAGUGCAUCUCACUUUGCGACUGCCUUUAGUGCAACAAACCAAGCCACUGGAUGUCAAUGUGGGUGAUAUUUUGACAGCACAAGUGUCAAAAAAGUUAUACAAUGGGUUGUUGUUUGCAUUGUUGCCAACUAAACUAAAAGCAUUUGUUACCAACCGCAGAUUGCUCAAUACAAUAAACAAAAAAGACCCUAAAAUAACUGAGGUGCUUGGCCAAAAAUACCCAAUUACUAGUAAACAUCAAGUCAGGAUUAUUGACUACAACCACCUUAGUCAGUUGUUUAUUUGCACCCCUGAGCAAAACGUUAUCAAAGAAACAGUUUUUGCUGCACAAGAUUUAACCCCUGGUCAAUUAUGUGAUGUCAUUGUUGAGGACAUCAAGGAGGAGGGCAUUGUAGUGGCAACAGGGCAUAUCAAAGGGUUUGUUACCAAUUUGCAUUUGAGCAACAAUCGUUAUACGGCUAAUGUGAAAAAGAAGUUUAAGGAAGGACAAAAAAUUAAGGCUAGAGUCCUGAGUGUAACGGACCAAAAAGUCCAUUUCACUUUGAAACCGGCCCUAUUGGAAAACGACGACUGCCUGACCAAAAUGGAGGACGCCCAAAUAGGUAAAAAAUACAUCGGAGUAGUGUCGAAAGUCUCCGACAGUGGCGCUCUAGUCGUUUUCUACGACAACGUCAAAGGAUGGAUCAGUCAAAAGGGUAUGGGCAAAGAAUCCACCGACCCUCAAAAGUAUUUUUUCGUCGGUCAAGUGGUCAACAUUUACGUUUGGCGGCUGGAACCGACUCAUAUGUAUUUGAGUUUGUUUCAACCUCAAAUAAAAACAUCUUUGCCCAAUAUUGGUGGACGAUAUUGCGGCAUUGUCAAGUCUACAAACGAGCGGGGAGUUAAUGUGCAAAUAGAGAACACAAAAAGACGCGGCUUUAUACCAAAUGCUCAUUUAAGCUGCAGCAUUAACUUGUGCUUGUCAGUGAAAAACGCCUUAUCUGUUGGAGAUAGGGUUCAAGAUUUGAUGUAUGUAGGAGGUAUGAAGCCUCAAUUGUUUUCCAGACGAGAGGCCUUAGCGAUGAAAUCUAAAAGAGUGAACUCAUUGAAAAACUUAGACGAGGGCCAAAUAAUCAGGUGCUUCUAUCAGAGUACCACAGAUGAAGGCAUUUAUGUGGUACCACUGAUUUAUGACUUUAGCGAACCUGUUUUUAUAAAUAAAAAGGAAAUUAAUUUCAAGGAUUUUGUUGAACAUCAACUAUUAUUAGCCAGAAUCAAAAAACUUGAUCUUGUAAACAAGCAAAUCAUCCUUAGCAUUAAACCGAAAGAGGUUUUUGAUGGAAAAGUUGAGACCACCAUUAAUCUAUUUACUGAAUACCUAAACGAAUUGACUUUUUUGUAUCAACAAGCGAAAAAACACAAAAGCACGUUUGUUGAUUUCAACCCUGGUGACCAAGUGACGUGCAAAAUUGAAAAAUUAGGUCUCCAAGGUGGCUGCGUUGCAACGUUGCCAAAUGGUGCUCAGGCAAUUGCAGUCCCCUCCCUUUGUCCUAAAACCAUCAAAGUAGGCGAUUUGGUUAUUGGCACGGUGUUGGGGCACGACUACGAAAAAAAUUUCGUUGACAUUUGCUUGAAAACUGACAUAUGCGGACGUAUUAAUCCCACGCAAGAUGGCGCCCUAACCGAAGUGCUGCCAUCUGGUUUAGCUAAGAAGCUUUUAGAAAAAGAUGGCUGCGUUAUAGCUUUGCUAAACCAUCCCAGCGGUAAUAAACAAUUGAUUUAUUUGCCAACUAGAUUGCAUCAAAAUGACUUGUUUGACAGUUGUCUUGAAUAUUACAAAGAAAAAAAAUUAAAAGUUUGCGUUUGCGGGAGAAUGAAAAAGUUUUUGAUUGGUAUGAGCAAAAAGUUGUUUUUGGAAAUGGACAAGGUUGCUAAUAAGAAAAGUAAAGUGGAUAUAGUGCCUCAUGUAGUAGAAACAAAAAAGAAGCAUGAAGUUGAAAUUACUCAAAAAAAGAAGACCAUUGAAAUAGAAGAAAUGGAUUCUGAUAGUGGUAUUGAACCAGAAGAAGAAAACAACAUGGAAAUUGCUAGCAACCACUCAAUAACAUUACCAGGCAUUUCUUCUUUUUUUAGCAUUCCUAAAGUUGACGCAGAAACUCAAGACACUUCUUCAUCUGAAGACGAAGAUGACACGCCAAAAGAAAAAAAGAAGAAGAAAUUGUCGCCUACAGAACGCGCUGAACUGCUGCGUCAAGAAGAAGAGCGUCUCACGAAAAUUGAAAAGGAGCUGGCAGAUGCGAGUAGAGCACCUGAAAGUGCUGACCAAUUUGACAGGUUGCUUUUGGCCAAACCCGAUUCGGCUGAGCUGUGGGCCAAAUAUGUUGCUUUACAUAUUGCGGCAACUGAAAUUGAUAAAGCCAGAGCGGUAGCCAAGAAGGCCUUGGACACAAUCAAUAUGACAUUGACAGAUGAGAAAUUCAAAAUCUGGAUUGUCCUAUUGAAUUUGGAAAACUUGUUUGGCACUAAAGAAAGUUUUGACAAAACUCUGGAAGAUGCGUUGAAAUUCAACGAUUCCCUAAAAGUUUAUCUGAAAGCAAUUGAAAUGUUGGCCGAAAACGCCAAAUACAGCGAAAUGGAAGAGAAAAUCGACAAGGCCAGAGUCAAGCACAAGCAAAACGCUACAAUGUGGCUGGAAAUUGGAAAAACCUACUAUCAAAUCGGCAAAUACAAAGAGGCCAGAAACUGCAAAGAUCGCGCCCUCAAAUCAAUCCUAGAUAAAAAAACACAAAUGAACAUCAUUGUCCGUUUCGCCAUAUUGGAAUUCAAACACGGCGAGCCGGAUCAAGGUAGUGCCAUAUUUGAAACAAUCCUGACAUCGGAUCCGAAAAAAAUCAACAUUUGGUCAACUUAUGUCGAUCAGCUGGUCAAAAAGGAGCGCCUGGAUGAGGCCAGACAAGUGCUAGAGCGGGCAGUUUGUCAAAGGUUGCCCCUAAAAAGUAUGAAGUCGUUGUUUAUGAAGUUUAGGAAGUUUGAAGAAGUACACGGGACUCCUGCAAGUGUAGACGGUGUCAAACAGAGGGCGCAAGAGUAUGUUAACAAGUUCGAAAAAAGGCAUUAAUAAUAAAACUAUUUUGAAUUUAAAUGUAUAUGUUUUGUUUUUGUU